AUGGCCGAGAAGAAAGCUAAGAAGAAGUCCUCGAAGAAGGCGAGGUCCGGAUCCCAGGGAGCCACCUUCGACCAGAAGACCAUCCAGGAGUUCAAGGAGGCCUUCGGUAUUAUGGACCAGAACAAGGACGGCAUCAUCGACAAGAACGACCUGAAGGACCUGUAUGCCUCGCUCGGCCAGGUCGCUCCCGACAGCCAGCUUGACGCCAUGCUCAAAGAGGCUUCCGGACCCCUGAACUUCACCACCUUCUUGACGCUGUUCGGCGAGCGCCUCACCGGCACUGACCCUGAGGCCACCAUCAUCGGAGCCUUCCAGAUGUUCGACAAGAAAGACUGUGGCAAGCUGAAGGAGGACGAGCUGCUCAAGAUCCUGCAGAACAAGCGAGGCGAGCCCCUUGAUGACGAUGAGAUCCAGGCCAUGUACAAGGGAAAGCCCCCAAUUGAGAACGGAGAGGUCGACUACAAGGCGUUCGCCCGCCUCAUCACCACCGGCGCCGCCGACGAGCUGUCGAAGGCC